GGACUAAUUGGCAAACGUAACAGAAAACUCUUGACUCUGCACGAAUGAAUAAGAGAGCUGUCCUUCAAAAUUCAACCAACUAGUGUUAUUAUCACUGCCUUCAGAGUUAGUGAGCCCCAGCAUUCCUUCCCUGGUCUUUUUUUCUCUUUGAAAUUGACCAACACAAAAGCUUUCGGAAGUAUGACAACUUAGUGACUUUAAGCAGAGUGGGUUUUGAUUUUUUUCUAAAAGCCCUGAAUUAAAUAACAUGAGCUAGUACAGUCUUAGGCACAUAUUUUAACUGUCUAACUCUUACUUUAUGUAGUACUUUUGUGCUACCCACUUUUUUAAAAUAGCAUUUUUAAUUAUUUAUAUUACACUAACCAGCAGAAAUUGGAGACCUAACGUGGCAGGCAGCCUAUAAACCACAGGGUAAGAAGGUCUACAUAAAGAGCUGAUUGCUAAACAGAGGAACAGAGAUGCCACAAAACACCAAGCCCACUUUGCAGCCGGAAAACGGAGUGUCUGGUUUUUGCAGAUGGUCACAUUUUUGUCAAAGACCUGCCGAAGCGACUUAGGAAGGCGAGCCCCGGGCUUUGAGUGAUGGUCAGUUUCAAACGUUGAGUGCAGGCUCCUCAGUCCCCUUGGCAUUUUAAACUGUCAAGGUGUGUGGCACACCAUCCCGCUUUAUGUAAUGGGUUUGCCCAAGGAAAGAGGGCAAGGAGGUGAAGGGAUGCGCCGUUAGACAUCCCACCAAGUUCCGAUGCAGCCGUGCUCUCGCCGGGCCACGCUGCUCACCGUGCCCACAUUAAUGGCGGCAUCUUCCGAGGAGGACAUCGACCGCAGACCCAUCCGCCGCGUCCGCUCCAAGAGCGACACCCCCUACCUCGCCGAGGCCCGCAUCUCCUUAAACCUCGACACAGCUGAAGAGGUGGAAAGACUGGCUGCAAUGCGUUCAGAUUCUCUAGUACCUGGGACUCACACGCCUCCAAUCAGAAGAAGGAGCAAAUUUGCCACUCUUGGGAGACUUUUUAAGCCAUGGAAAUGGAGGAAGAAGAAGAGUGAAAAAUUUAAGCACACUUCAGCAGCUUUGGAAAGAAAAAUGUCAAUGAGGCAAAGCAGAGAGGAGCUUAUAAAACGAGGAGUGCUGAAAGAAAUUUUUGAUAAAGAUGGGGAACUUUCCAUACCAAAUGAAGAAGGAGCUUUGGAGAAUGGGCAGCCUCUGGGCUCUGGGCUGAGCUCCAGCCAGGUGUCCCUGCCAGCCCUAGCAGAACUGGAGUCAGUCCCAGCAUCUGUGGAACCUUGCUCAUAUGAGGUGCUCCCAACCACAGAGAUCAUGGAUGGGACAGUGUCCGAAGAGAGCCCCACAUCCAAUGAAUCCGGCGUCCUCCUGUCCCAAGAUCCUACAGCUAAGCCAGUCCUGCUACUUCCCCCCAAAAAAUCUGCUGCUUUCCCUGGAGACCAUGAGGACACCCCAGUGAAACAAUUGUCCCUCCUCAAACAGCCCCCUGCCCUGCCUCCUAAACCUAUUGCCAGGAUUGCCAGCCACUUAACUGAUCCUGGCGCUCCUGUGAAACUGCCUUGUAUGCCAGUUAAACUGUCACCUCCACUACCUCCAAAGAAAGUCAUGAUUUGCAUGCCUUUAGGCGGGCCAGACCUCUCUCUCUCAUCCUAUUCCACACAGAAGAGCUCCCAGCAGCCUUUGACCCAGCAGCAUCACACUGUCCUGCCAUCCCAGUUAGCAGCUCACCAGCACCAGCUCCAGUACGGCAGCCACAGCCAGCACCUUCCUUCUGGGUCCAGCACGUUGCCCAUUCACCCUUCAGGGUGCCGGAUGAUCGAGGAACUGAACAAAACACUAGCCAUGACCAUGCACAGGCUAGAAAGCUCUGGUUUACACACAAGUGACAGUGUUACAAAAACAGGACCUGGGGGCCUUCCAGACAUGAGACAAGUGCCAACUGUUGUAAUCGAAUGCGAUGACAAUAAAGAAAAUGUGCCUCAUGAAACUGACUAUGAAGAUUCUUCCUGCCUUUAUCCAAGGCAGGAAGAGGAAGAAGAGGAAGAUGAAGAGGAGGAUAACUCAUUAUUUACAAGCCCCCUGGCAAGGAAACUCUGCAGGAAGGAUUCUUUAGCAAUCAAACUAAGCAACAGGCCUUCCAAGCGAGAGCUGGAGGAAAAGAACAUCCUCCCCAUGCAGACUGAUGAAGAGAGGCUUGAACUUAGGCAGCAGAUUGGGACAAAGCUAACAAGACGACUGAGCCAGAGGCCAACCGCUGAAGAAUUGGAGCAGAGGAACAUACUGAAACCCCGGAAUGAGCAAGAGGAGCAGGAGGAAAAACGAGAGAUUAAGAGAAGAUUAACACGUAAGCUGAGUCAAAGGCCCACAGUAGAAGAGCUACGUGAGAGGAAGAUCCUCAUCCGCUUCAGUGACUACGUGGAGGUGGCAGACGCGCAGGACUACGACAGGAGGGCAGACAAACCCUGGACACGACUCACAGCCGCCGACAAAGCAGCCAUUCGAAAAGAGCUUAAUGAAUUUAAAAGCUCUGAAAUGGAAGUUCAUGAAUUAAGUAGGCAUCUAACAAGGUUUCACAGACCGUAGCAGAUCAAUUCUACCUGACUACUAUGCCAUCUUCAAAACAUAACUAAAAGGAACCAUAAGUGCUGGUAUUAUUCAUUUCCCUGUUACGUACAAUGUAAAUCUUCUGAACUGCCUUUUUAAAAAAAAAAAAAAAAAAAAAAAGUAGAAAAAUAAAUAUUAAAAAAAAAGGAGAAUUGUAUUUACAUGUGAUGAGUACUGCAGCAUCAUCAGACCUCCUGGUUCAAGCUUCAGUAACAGAAAAUACCCCUGGUGGGAAAUCGUGCCAAGACUUGGCAACUAUGUAUAGGACUUUCCCGGCAUGUGGAUUUGCCAUAUGUGUUCAAGCCCAGCUGGUGGUGCAACCAUUGUUGUCUUCAGGCACCCUCAUCCUGACAAGCCUCUGUCAUCAACCCUAGAGAGCCCUGAGACAGUGUUCAGGGAAUCACUUGGCCUGGGUGAAGUCUCCAAAAGAUGAGCCCCUAUGGCACUAAAGCACUUACACCAAACACUCCUUUCAAGCUGAGAGCACCUUAUGAGGACAGUGAAGGAGCGAAACUCUCCGUGGGCCGGCCCAUCUGUGAAUCUCAUCUGACUAGAAAGGCAUUUCUUUCCCUGGAGAAGUUUACAGCCAGUCAGUAGACAUUAUUCAGCUUCCAAACAGAAAAAUCCUCUGAAGAACAGGACUCCCUACUGAAGGCUGCUUCACUUCUAUCAACUGUUUGUUUUCCAUCUCUUUCAAGUAUAAUUUUCUAAACCCGCUUGCGAGCACAUUAGCAGUAAGCGACAAGAACACUGAGAACCAGCAAGCAAAAGCCCAUCUCUUCAUGGUCACUGCAUGGCAUCUGCUCUGCUUGUAGUCUGUCUUACACUCAAACCUUAUGACUGUGUGAGAGCCAACGUGCCCCUGGCAGCAGCAAAGGCUGGGAUUCCCCUCCGGCUCUGCAGAAGGACAUGCAAGAGGAGGGGCAGGAGGUUCCACGAAGGAUAUCUCUUGUCUCUGUGUCAGGUGUCUCAAGAACUGAUCCUAAACUCACACUGAGCAAAGCAUGACAAGGUGUGUUACCUGGCCUAACAAAAGGAGUCUGGGGCACUCUUAUGGAUGGCGGGACUUGUCACUGGUACCCACAGCUGAGGCAUAAGGACAGCAAUUCAGAAGUGUUCUGAAUUGAUUGGUUCUAAUUUUGGUUUUAAUUUAUUUUUAUUAUAGUGGUUUAACACACAAACUGACCAAGCAGAGCUCAGAGAGCUGGUCACUCUGGGCCUGGUUUACUUGCCAACUUAAGUGUGUGCUCUACAGUAAGGAAGCACACACAGCCUCACUGCUUUCAAGAAUAUGUCUGAGAGGCUUAAUUGAACCUGAACAUAAUUAAGUGCUUUUCUGAACUUAGGCCAUCACCUUCCACAAUUAAGUCCUUAACUAGUAUAAUGCCAGCAAGCUGGGGCAGACUUUGUCAGGAUUCCUUUCAAGCUCUUACAAGAUACUACUAUGCCAUGUUUUGGGACAGUGGCUGAAAGCACUGUAGCAACAUUACUGUAAGAAGUUCCAGAUUAUUAUUCCAGGACACCUUUUCUUCCACAAUAGCUAUUUUCCUUUGAUAGUUUGAACAGAGAGGCCAAAGUUUUUUACUACAGAAUAGUUAUUUCUGUUAUUCUUUUACUAAUUUUUCCUUUCUCACUGUCUUCCAUGUAUCUAUCUUCUCUUCUGUGCUCCCUGUCCACCUCCCCCUAUUCCAUGCUAACAUCGCCCUUCACUGAUUGCAGGCCAAGAUGGCUCUCACACUUGAGCAUUAAAUGCUCAAGUGCAGUGCAGUGUAGUGCCUCUUAUCAGGCCUCACCUCACCCCUCUGGAUGCAGGAGUACAGCCAAAGGACCUGCAUGCAGCCCAUGGAGUGGCUCUAGCACCCAGCCUGCCCCAACAACCCCAUUGAGGGUGACGCCCUCCAUCUGUGCUUGGUGGUGGCACUCAGCACCUCGCAGAUUGGCUCUCCAGCAGAGAGAAGCAAAAGCUUUUCAUUCUCAUCCAUGGCCAUCCUUGCAAUGCUGUGGAUUAUUAGUUAUUAAAUGAGGAUUGGUUGUUGUAGGAUGGAACAUCAAAGGAAACUAAAAACCAGGUGGUUUCUGGUGCUUCCCAGACUGGGUGAUGAUUUCUGAGGAAACACCUUGAUCCCUGUAUCACCAGCUCACACUUGCUUUAGAUAGAAGUGCAUCAGUAGUGAAAGCCUUCAAUGUGCAAUGUUAUCAGCUCUGUGCAGCAGAGGCAGAGCACUACCAGCCAGGAAUACACUGCUUUGGGGUUAUUGUCAUGAAAACCUCAGUUCGUGUUUAUAAAUUCAUUCACAUACAUAUGCACACAAGUUACAAGACUGCAUCAGAGCUUUAAAACAAGGAAAAAAAGCCUUUGUGCUUUUGACUGCACAAACACUGCAUUAGCAAAGGGUUCUGCAAUAGAGCUGUUCCGAAGAACAACAAAUCCUUGUGUUCCCAGCAUGGAUCUCACACCUGCCCUGGCGUCUCUAGCUUAGAGGAUCACUGUGAAAUGGAAGGGACACUGUUGAAGGAGCAGUGGUGAUAGGAAUCACAGGACUUGGUAGGCUAGUGGCAGGGAAAGGUGAGGGUUUGUUUCAUUUUUAUUAACAAAAUUAAGAGGAGGCAGGUGAAAGUCGUAGGCUGCUGCUGAAGUCCCCAGGGGAAUGAUCAGAUUGGGCAUUGCCGCUGUCCCUCACUGGCACAGCCACAAGAAAUGCCCAUACUGCCAGUCUGGCACCCAAAAUAAACCUUUGAGCACUGGCUGAGACACAUAACAGCCAAGUCCUGGGUGAUGGCCAAACAUUCCUCAGCACCUUCAUCCAGAUGAGCUUAUGGCAGGUCCCUGCUGACCACUCAGCAAGUUGCCACACUCAGCCUUGCCCCAUGAUUUUUGUGCUGUCCCCAAGGCAGCUCCAUGCAGCCAUCCUUUUCUUUUUUUCUCCUUAUUUUUUGGUUUUUUUUUUUUUCACUUCUAGCUGAGCAGACACCAGACAGAAGUGGAAGAAUUGCCAUAUUUCUUCCCAGAUGGAAAUAGAGCUUAUUCCUGAAAACGGGGAAGGGGAGGAAAAAGAAGCCAUACAAGGUGUUUGGCACUGCAAUAAGUAUCACCAAACUGACCCUUCAUCUGCUUUCAUCUUCAGUGGGUCUGGGUAGUUUGCAAAGUUAACCUUUGUCAAGGCGUUCUACAGCAGGACCAUUCGUUCAGGGCCUGAACACAGCACUGCAUCCUCGGUGUGCAUGCCUACCUCUGGCAUCCCUGGGAAGUUGCACGCAGACUGGGGAACUGCUGGUCCCUUUUUUAUAAAUCUGGUUUCUUGAGAAUUGUUUUCUGAUCUGUGAAAGCCAUCUCUAUCAUGGCAAAGGAGCUGUGAUUCUGUUGACAGUAAAGGGAAAAAACCAAACAGUAAUGAUUUCUCUCCUUUGACCUGGAUUAUGUGUAGAACAUAAUGAUGGUGUUCCUGCUAAGACUGUAUUAGCAGAGUCAUCCUCGUUCUGAUUGGAAGGAGAUUAAUAGUGGUAAUAAAUAAAUUACACCAGGUUUAGAGAAUGGAAAAGUCAACACGGAACAAAAAUUACUAUUCCAGAGGUAAUCCAUUUCCAGAGGUAAUAAUCAAGGAAUAGAAGUAUUUUUGUAAUAUCUACCAAAUUCUGAAUACUUAAAAUGUGCAAGUAUUUUGACAUCUGUUCAGCAGCCUGAAGAAUAAUGAAGUAGAAAUGGGGACUAAGGGGUGGGUGGGGAGGUGGUGGGGAUUGAAAAAGCAGUUUCAAAACAUCUAGACAAAAAAGUUCUGAUUGGGAAAAGCGAUGGUGAGGAAGCCCAAUAGUGGCACACCUUCACCACCAGAGGGUUGCAGGGACCUGGUGACACCAUUCUGACGGAGAGAGAACAUGGGCAAUGUGGCUUUUGCCCACCCUACUCUCCACUGGGUGGGUACUUGCAGGCUGAAGAAGUUUCAGGCUGCAGGUUUGCUGGGAAGGGGCUCAGGCUAACUUUUGGGUCUAGGCAAUUCCUAGUGAACACGAUGGGCAUUAUCAGAAGAAAAGGAAGAGGCGGGGCAAAGAACAUAACAGACUUUUAGCUAUUUUAAUUGAAACCAUUUAGUGAGGCCAUUACACAAAUAAAUCUCAUCCUAAUACAUGUGUAACCACUGCAUUCUGUCAUCACUGCAACUACUCACCAAAUUCACCUUUCCUUAUUUCUACAGCACCACCUGUGCAGUGCAAACACUAUAAACCCAGAGAGAGGGGAGCACUUCCAACAUGCCUAGUGAAGCUUGCACUCAUAAAAAUAGAGGGGCAAAGUGGAAACCCAUAGUUAUACAUGAAUGGGGGCUCCCUAACGUGCCUGCAAAUAAAAAAAACUUUGUAUAAAUAGCCAUGGGAGAUGACUAGGCUAAUAAAAAAAUCAGGAAAGAAAAAGGGGACAAAUUAUUUUUCCCAGGUGUUCAGUCUGCUCAAGCUUGGAACAACUUCUGUAAACAAAGAGGAGGUGACGGGCACAUACCCUGUGUUCCUGUGUGUCCCAGUUACUUCUGCACCAGUUGCAUUUUCCAGUUGAUAUCCAAGUGUAUGUAUAUAGAUUGUCUUUGUAUAGGAGUGAGUGUGGUGGCUGUCAAUCGUGAUCUUCCAGUAUUGUAAUUUAACAGAUUAUGGCUGUAUGAAAAUUAUGUAAAUAACUAGAAAAAAUUAAACUGGAUCUCUAUGUCCUAGUUUUUGUACAUACUGAAACUGCAUGGUAUUUAAAUUAUUGUUUGUCUCUGAUGUAUGCAGUUUCUUAAAAAAAAUCAUUUAAAAAAAGCUUUCUCGUGCCUGUGUAUUUUAUCACCCUCUGUCCCAGUGACUGACAGUGUAACACAUGGAGGUAGUCAAGGAUACCAACCAGGCUCACCCACACCUCCAUGGGAGCAAGCAGGAAAGGGAGACUUCACAGAGCAGAUGGAAUGGACAGAUCAGAUCAGCCCCAAGCACCAUGGCUGGGCUGGUACAGCUCAGCAAGGAAGGAUGAGCAGUACCUCAGCUGCUGAAGGAGUAACUGGCACCCUCCUAGUGAAGAGCAAAUCCAACAGUCUGCACUAGACACACACACAGACAUCCAAAACCCCCACAACUAAACCCCAUCUGUCACCACAAUGCUGCUGGUGCAGGCUGUGCUCUGUCUGGGCCAGCCGCCAGAGUCAACGUGCAGCCACCAAGCAGCACCAGCAAGUGCUGCUGCUGUUCAGCAGAGGAGCCAUUCCUGCACAUCUGCAUCACAUAUCCCUAUUUUUUGUUACCCUUCUUCCCCAAGUAGCUUCAGUGGGUGAUAAGUUGAAGCCUCUGUGUAGUGAAAAGAGGAGAAAAAGCUUUUACAAGAAUAAGUACAUACCUUCAAACCAGCUCACUGGCCUCCUGCAAGGGUGACAGCUCUGGUGAGGCUCUUCAGUGUUUGGAACUGAUGGUGCUAACAUUCUGACCCUGAGGAAAUGAGUGACACCCAGCAUCCUCACUGUAAGUGGCAGCUGGGAGCAGCUCCCCUGCUCAGAGAGGCUUCCAAUUACACAAAAAUUAAAGAUCCAUCUACUUUAACUGACCAAAUUCUGUUCCUUUCUCUUGCUGGUAGGGAAACACAACAUGAUCAAAACUCGUAUUGGGCUUUCUUUGGUUUGCUUCCAUCUGGGCGACUUUUCACCUACCUCACAAUCCUUGUUUGUGUAUGUGUGUAUGUAUUUCCAUUCUGACAGACAAAGAGUUUUGUGGCUAUCCUGUGAGAUGUGGAUAAAUAAUCAAAAUUGUAGGUUGUGACUAAAGAUCCCUUCCCUCACAUCGAGCUGUAGCUUCCAUAGCAGCAAUAUGCAGUGGCUUGGUUACCUAUAGUAAUUUCUGUGCCUUAACAAGAAAAUUAUUGGUGAGAAUACGUUGUACAGGGAAUGUUAG